AUGGCACCUCGCUCGACAUCAAAUCGAUUGCUACCCAAAAAUCGUUUAGAGAAGCCCAAGCAAAAGUCGAGUAAAUCUUUGAAAGAACUUUCCGAAAUGGACAAAGCUGAAGAAGAAUGGUGCCAUAACGAAUGUGACCAGCUUAGCCGUGUACUAAGCCAACCACGGGACACUGUGACUUCCACCUCAACCAGUGUGGUAAAUGAUUUCUUUUUCAUCGAAGGCAAUCCUGGUGACUACAAUAGUGAAGAUGACAACAUGAAUCAAGUAUCGUCUCCCGAGAUCGAUUCAGGAACGGAAUCGGAAGAUUCUGAGCAGUCAAUUGCGUCACUCUCUGGUGUUGGUUGUGUAGUAACUGCAGCGGUGGGCGAUUACAAUCGCAAGCGUCGAAUCCGAGAGGAGCGACAGUGGCAGGACGUGAUUGAACCGAUGUUCAGAUGCUUCAUGCGAUGCAAACUGCUCACGUUUGACUGGAGUCAACCCGAAACUUGGAACAUCGACUUGAAAGAUCCAUGUCGAUGUCCUGCCUCAAAAAAGCGGGUUCGAGAACUCGACCUGAUUGAUAUACUAUACAAAAACUGCUUGCAUUACGCAGCCGUCAACAGAGAAGUAAUGCUGAGAAUCGCACUCUUGCAAGCUUACCAGGUCAUAUCGUGUUCCUGGAAGAAGAGGUAG